CCCAGAAGAAAUCCAAAAUCUCAACAAAUAUAACUCUCUCUCUCUCUCUCUCUCUACACUUCAAAACACAUUUCGGUUUCGACCCGGACCCGAAUUUUUUGGUUUUUCGGCUGCGAAAUGUACGGACAGAGUGGAGCUGACUCGAUUUGGCGACACUUUCUGGGAGAGACGGAUCUCCUAAUCGGGAACCCGAUGAGCAACUCGGGUUCGGGACCCAUUUUUUCUCGGAGCUCCAGCUUCAGUAGCCUGUACCCGUGUUUGACCGAGAAUUGGGGCGAUUUGCCGCUCAAGGAGGACGAUUCCGAAGACAUGGUGCUCUACGGAGUACUGAGGGACGCCGUUAGCGUCGGAUGGGUUCCAUCCGGUUCGGCCGAUACGUGUUCCUACGGUUUUUCGGUAAAAUCGGAACCGGAGGUUCUGCCACCGGUGGAUAGAGUGCCGGAGAAAAAAGCGGCGCCGGUUCAACCGGUUCAGAAGUCGGCUGAAGCCGUUCCAGCUGUGGUGCCAGCGAAGGGGAAGCAUUACAGAGGCGUACGGCAGCGGCCGUGGGGAAAGUUCGCGGCCGAAAUUCGGGACCCGGCUAAGAAUGGCGCGAGGGUAUGGCUGGGAACUUUCGAAACAGCUGAGGACGCGGCUUUGGCUUAUGACAGAGCCGCUUACAGAAUGCGCGGGUCCAGAGCUUUGUUGAAUUUUCCACUCCGGGUGAACUCGGGCGAACCCGACCCGGUGCGGGUGACGUCUAAGCGGUCGUCAUCCGAACCGUCAUCUUCGUCUUCGGAGAACGGAACUCCGAAGCGGAGAAAGAAGGCGGACGGCUCGAGCCCGGUUCAAGCCGGAUUGGAAAUGGGAGCAGGGAUGGGGCAGCAGCAAGUGGGAGGCCAAGUGGCGGUGUCGGUAACACGUGGCGAGCAGUUAUUGGUGGUCUGAUGAUGAGAUGGUGGGAAAAGUAGGGGAGGGAAAGCACUAGUGGCACUACCGCUCAAAUUGUGGAGUACACACUGUAAUUAUCUGAGAUACAAUUUUAAAAAGAAAAAAAAAAAUGUAGGAUUUCAGCUUUUUAUUUUUGCGAGAAGAAGCCAAUUAUUUAGUUUCUUGAAAAAAAAAGAAAAAAAAGGAGAAUAAAAGGGGAUGGGUUGAGAGAGGGUGAUGCUUGCUUUUGUGGGUUUUAUUUUUUUGUGAAUACAGAAUUUUCUUAUUGUUUGAUGAACUCAAUUUUGGAAUGGAAUGAUUCUCUCCUGCACAAAUUAAUUGUUACCAACUCGAAUUGUAUUAUGACUUCA